AUGGAGACUGCUAUAGUAUUCUCCCUUCUUUCAAUCUUGUUAUUAAAUAACUUCACCCUCUCCUUAAAUUCUAUCAUCACAGAUAAAAAUGCACUCAUUUCCUUCAAAAACUCCAUCACUUCCGACCCCUAUGCUAUCUUGAGCACCAAUUGGGCCCAAAACACAUCACUAUGUAAUUGGAUUGGUGUGUCGUGCAGCCUCAAACACCGCCGUGUCACUGCCCUCAAUCUCUCUGGCUACGGCCUUGCUGGAACUGUUGCUCCACAUCUCGGAAACCUAACGUUUCUCAGAUAUUUGGACAUCAGUUCCAACAAUUUUGUCGGGAUCCUACCCUUUGAGCUAUCUAAACUGCGUCGUUUGAAGGUGAUAAACGCGGGAACGAAUUCUUUCACCGGAGAACUACCAACAUGGUUAGGCAGUCUACCUCAAUUAGAACAACUCUAUCUAGAUAACAAUAUUUACUUAGGUACGAUUCCUGCAUCUUUGUUUAACAAUUCCAAGCUCCAGAUGUUACAAAUAUUAAGCUUGGACGACAAUCAGUUAAGUGGGUCCAUACCACAUGGUAUUUUCAAUGUGUCUUCCCUUCGAGAAAUUAGACUUAAAAAUAAUAGUCUGUCAGGUCACCUCCCAAGUGAUAUAUGUAACAAUAUGGCCAAUAUCAAAAUAUUAUCACUCGCUCAGAAGCUACUUGAAGGGCAGAUUCCACCAAAUAUAUGGAAAUGCACACGUCUUGAGAGAGUGUCAUUAUCCUACAACAAUUUUGGAGGCAACAUCCCACAUGAAAUUGGGAGACUAAGAAUGCUCACAAUAUUGUACAUGGGGUACGUUAAUGGUUAUCGAGGUGGAAUUCCAGCUGAAAUAGGAAAUCUUUCAAGACUAGAGAUACUAGAUAUUGAUAGAGCUUCUCUAACCGGAGAUAUUCCAUCUUCAAUCUUCAACAUGUCUUCUUUAACAUCCUUGAGCUUAUCUGAUAAUAGUUUGUCAGGAAGUAUCCCAACUUUCCACAAUCUACCAAAACUUGAGGAGUUAUAUCUUGAUAAUAACAAGUUCAAAGGAGGAAUUCCAACAGAGAUAGGAAAUCUUUCAAGGCUAGAGACAUUAAGCAUAAAAAAUGCUUCUUUAAAUGGAGAUAUUCCAUCUUCAAUCUUCAACAUGUAUUCCUUGGCAUACUUGGACUUAUCUGACAAUAAUUUGUUAGGAAGUAUUUCAACUUUCUACAAUCUACCGAAGAUUGAGAAUUUAUAUCUUUAUAAUAACAAGUUGACAGGUUGGGCUUUAAAUGACAUGUGCAAUGGCAUGCCCUACAUCAAUCAACUUGAUCUCUCUAAGAAUUUAUUUGAAGGGAAUAUUCCAUCAAAUAUAUGGAAAUGUGAACAUCUUGACAGCUUGGUGCUUAGCUUCAACACUUUUAGUGGAAACAUCCCUCAUGCAAUUGGAAAUAUGAGCAUGCUUAGAGAAUUGUACUUGGGGUACAAUUAUUUCACAGGUGAAUUACCACAAAAUAUAGGCAAUCUGCCAAUACUCGAGGUGUUGGAUGUGUACAACAAUUCCUUAUAUGGUUCCAUCCCAUCGUCCAUAUUCAAUAUAUCGACAUUAAAGAAAAUAGAAGCCGGAAACAAUGAGUUUUCAGGAACCCUUCCAUCAGACUUGGGGAAUUCACUUGUUAAUCUUGAAGUGCUUCUUUUGGAAGUUAACAUACUCAGUGGCAAAAUUCCAACCUCUAUUACCAAUGUUUCUAAACUUGUCUACUUGUCAUUAUCUGGCAACUUAUUUAGUGGCUUCAUACCUGACUUUGGUCAUUUGAAACUCCUCCAAGUACUUGGCCUUGCUGCAAACAACUUGAGUGGAGCAGAAUUUCUAACUCGUGAAUUGACAUUUUUGUCUUCACUAACUGAUUGUCCAAAUUUGAAGAUCUUGGAGGUAUCAGGCAAUCCACUGAAUGGUUUCCUACCCACUUCAAUUGGAAAUCUUUCCUCCUCUCUUGAGAGUUUUGUAGCGGUAAACAACAACAUCAUUGGUGUUAUUCCGCCAGAAAUAGGAAACUUGAGCUCUUUGCUAUUACUAUAUUUGGGUAGUAAUGAGCUGAGUGGACUCAUUCCACCAACUAUUGGUAAAAUGAAGCAACUCCAAAGAAUUGAUCUAAGUGGCAAUCAAUUGGCAGGGUCUAUCCCUAAUGAUCUUUGUCAAAUAAAUCAUUUAGGUGAGUUGAUCCUUCCUGGUAACAUGUUUGUUGGUACAAUACCUGAAUGUUUGGGUGAGGUUAAAUCCUUAAGAGUCAUCAACUUAGGGUCCAACCAAUUGAAUUCAACAAUCCCCACCAAAUUAUGGACUCUCACAGACCUUGUCAAUUUGAGUUUGUCCUCCAAUCACUUGAGCGGUCAGUUGUCAUCUCAGAUUGGAAAUUUGAAGUUAAUCAACUCUUUGGAUUUGUCAUCUAAUCAAUUUUCAGGUCAUAUUACCAGCUUAAUUGAUCGUUGCGAAACAUUAGCUUUUCUCAACUUAUCAAAUAACUUUCUUAGCGGAUCCAUUCCUCAAUCCUUGGGAAAGGUUAAAGGUCUGAUAGAAUUGGAUUUGUCUUACAAUAAUCUUUCAGGAUCAAUACCCAAGUCCUUAGAAGACCUUCACUUUCUUGAAAGUUUUAAUGUUUCCAAUAACAAAUUGGAAGGGAAAAUUCCAGACGAGGGUCGUUUUCGUAACUUCACUGCUCAGUCUUUUUCCCACAACUUAGCUCUUUGUGGUGCUAUAAGAUUUGAAGUCCCUCCCUGCCCAAAAUAUCGUCAUAGAUCAUGGUUAAAGAAACUCUUGGUGCCAUCAGUGAUUUUAGCCAUCGUUGUUGUGAUUGUUAUCCUUGUUCGUAUAAGAAUGCGUAGAACGAAAAAAGUAGCACUCACCACUGAUAUCUCACCACCAACUGCCGAGUACAGAAGAAUUUCUUAUCGAGAACUUGAACAAGGAACAAGUUCAUUUAGUGAAACCAACCUACUUGGAAGAGGUAGUUUUAGGGUUUAGUAUUCGAA